UUAACAGAGCACUGUACGUUACGACGUGGCCAGUUUGCGAUGCUUGCUACCGUCCUCGGUGGGCUCGUGCUCGCGGCCACCGCCAUGGCCGUCGACGUCGACGUCUACCACCACUUUGAGCACCACGACUUCUUCAGCAUGCGCAUGAUGGGCGACGAUGGCGCCUUCCGAUGGAACACUUACAGCGCGGUGCAGGAGUUCGCCAUGGACGCCGGCGGCGAGGUGCUCAUCUCGGGCGUGAGCGCGACGCACCCGAUCUCGUUCUCGCUCUACACGUACGAGCAGUGGGAUGUCUACCGGUCGCUUGUCUUCCAGAUCACGUCGAUGGCCGCGUACGACGAGACCAUGGCGCUGACGUGCAUGUACCCGGCGGCCGCCCGCAUUUCGUUCGACCCCAAACGCAGCAACGCCUCUGCGACGAUUCGCAUCCCGAUCACGGUCGCGAGCCAGUACACGCUGCAGAUUGAGAGCUGCCUGCCCGCGUACAACCUUGUGCAGGCCAAGGUCGUCAUGCGCAACGUGGCCUACGACGGCAGCGUCACGGAGCACUUGGGAGUCGACCAGCUCGGGCUCCUGCCCGUGUAUUCAAUCGUGACGGCGGCCUUCGUCUUGAUGACGACGUUGUGGGGCAUCGACUGUCUCCGCAAGGAGCGCCCUACCUACGCCAUCCACGGUGUCUUUGGUCUCUGCCUCGUCGUGCGCACGUUCGAGUGCUUCAUCAAGCUGUGGCAUUACCACGUGCUGAGCAAGUCAGGCCGGACGCGGUCGUUUCUGAGUGUCGGCAAGGACAUGUGUGAGCACAUGACGACGACUGUGCUCCUCCUCUUCCUCCUGCUCUCAUAUCCUUUGAACGGUCUCUCCUCGCUGCACGUUCGUAUGCUUUUUGUGUUCCUGAACCACAGUAGCGAGCGGCGGAUCGUCCAAGCAUGCUUUGUGCUGUACGUGUUUGUGGCCAUGACCAAGGCGACGUGCGACAGCCGGAACCAAGUGUGCCAAGGCUACAUGCUCACCGAGUAUGUGCUCAAGUCGCUCAUGCUGCUCGGAAUCAUCAUCACGCUCAACUACUCGAUCGCGCAGCUGCAAACCAAGCUCGAGAGCGACCACGGGCGCUGGAACGAGUCCAAAAUCCCGAAAAUGCAAGUCCGCCUCAAUCUCUAUCUGUCGCUACGCUAUAGCUUCCUCGCCUACCUCCUCCUUCCCACGGCCGUGCUCAUGAUCAACCUCGGGGUGAUCAAUCCGCCGGGCACAUGGCGCUACGUCUGGGCCACAUACCUCUUUGAAGAGGUCGUCAUGGGCUGCAUCUUUACCCACCUCGCGCUUGUGCUGCGCCCGGUGCAUCCGAUGACGCUCGAACUCCUGACGCAGAAGAAGGCGACAUAAA